GUCGGGGUCCUCCGCCCUGACGGCUGACCUGGGAGGCGCGGAGCGUGCCGGGCAGGGGUCUGCUUGUCCGAGUGGCUCAUUUUGCAGGCGUCAACUGAGAUCCCGCUGCGGGACACGGAUGAGACCCCCUCCCUCGUCUUUAAAGUAGCUGGAGAACUGUGCCAGACACCGUCCUAAGCGCGGUAAUGCGUUAAUUCCCACGGCCCUGCAAAGGCGGGAAUUCAUUCAAAUAGCACGUGUUGAUGGCUCUAAAGAAGUCACCACUGUCGCUGGAAUCCAGUGGGAGUGAAUCCGAAGAGUUACCCACAUUCGCCUUUCUGAAGAAGGAAUCAUUUUCAACCAAGAAGAGGCAGGAGAAGGUCAUAGUGGUUGUCAAUUCAGAUUCCGAGGGCUCCUGUCCGCCAUCACCAGAGCCGAUAGGUCCAUCCCCUGGCCCAGACACAGAGGAGGCGCUCCCACACACAGAGCCAGUCCCGGUACUGAGCAGUGGAAGUGAGGACGAAGAGGAGUUCAUCCCCUUGGCUGAGAGACUCACAUGUAAGUUUUUGACCCACAAGCCGCUGAGCCCUGAAGACUCAAGCUCUCCAAUUAAAAGUGUCUUGGAUCAUCAGAGUAAUGAAGGAGCAUCCUGUGACCGGAUCCCCAACAUCCCUGCUGUCCUCCACGGACCCUCAGGGAGGAACACAUCAAGUGGCAGGGACCCUAUCUUGGACAGUCCUUGCCGUCAGCCUGCGGCCUACCGGCCCUCGUGUGCCCUCCAGAGCGACAGCUUGACAGUGACCAAAGCAAAUCUUGACAUCCCCCCACCUCAGAAGACAGCCACGCGUGGUCGGAAGGUGGGGGGAUGGCGGCAGCAGGGACAAGCAAGCCGGAAGGAAAGCCCCCCGAGACAGCAGGGAAGGAAGAAGGAAGCUCCAGUUAGCAGGCUGAAGGCGCCAAGGCCAGAGGAAUGCUUAAAGCACAUCGUCGUGGUGCUGGAUCCAGAGCUUCUGCAGACGGAAGGCGGGGGCCAGCUCCUGGGCGCGCUGCAGUCCAUGGAGUGCCAUUGUGUGGUCGAGGCGCAGGCCGUGCCGUGCAGCGUCACCUGGAGGAGAAGGGCCGGGCCGCCUGAGGAUGGAGAGGCCUGGGCGGAGGAGCCGAUGGUGCUGGUGGUGCUGCUGGUGGAGGCGUUUGUAUCCAUGGUCCACAACGUUAAGCAGGGAAGUGUAGGCAGCACUGAGGAAGGGAAGGAAACACUUCGAGGCUUCGUCACUGAUGUCACGGCAAGGACAGCGGGCAAAGCUCUGUCGCUGGUGAUCGUGGACCAGGAGAAACUCUUCAGUCCCCAGAAUCCACCAAAGAGAAGGAAACAGGGAGCAGGACACAAACAGGCCAAGGAGAAGCAGCAGCAGAGACAACCAAAGGCCAAGACAGGGCGCGUGGUGUCCAGGGUAGACAUGGAAGAGGCACUGGUGGAUCUGCAGCUGCACACAGAAGCCCAGGUUCGAAUCGUGCAGAACUGGAAAGAGCUGGCCGACUUCGCCUGCGCGUUCACAAAGGCUGUGGCCGAGGCGCCCUUCAAGAAGCUCAGAGACGAGAGCAGCUUUUCCUUCUGCCUGGAGAGUGACUGGGCUGGAGGGGUGAAGGUGGACCGCUCUGGCAGGGGGCUUGCACUGGUCUGGAGGCGGCAGAUUCAGCAGCUGAACCGAGUCAGCCUGGAAAUGGCCAGUGCUGUUGUGGAUGCCUAUCCCUCCCCACAGCUCCUGGUUCAGGCAUAUCGGCGGUGCUUCUCAGUGCAAGAACGCCAGAAUCUGCUGGCAGACAUCCAGGUACGCCGUGGGGAAGGGGUGACAUCCACCUCGCGCCGGGUCGGGCUGGAGCUGUCCAGGCGGAUCUACCUUCAGAUGACCACCUCGCAGCCAGACCUCUCUUUAGACAGUGCUGACUGAUGCCAGCCCUUGGGGACAAGGAUGGAAAGCUGGUUUUGACCUCCCCAGCUGCAAGACCUGACUGCCAUUAAGACUUGGAAGUGCCUUCUGGGACGUGCACAAGUCGACGAGGCCCACAGUGGGCUCUCCUGGGUCUCGUUGGUGUCUUUCCCUGUCAGCUCAGGGCAGAGGCUGCAGCUCUGGCAUUGACAUUCACACUGAAUCUUCCCCUCCUGGCCAGUCAGCUGCCAUGGUCAAACCACCCUGCCAGCCCUCAAAACACAAAGGAACACACACAGACCAUUCAGACACGUAUUUAAUAAUCAUAGAAAUCCAAAAGAAUCGGCAUGGACUCUGGAAGUCGUGAGUGAGCUGUCGCCUGUGGGUUGGCUUGACUAGGCUCAGCCACUGAGCUGCCUCAACCAGCCAAGGAACAGGGGUUUGAUGACUAUGCUGACUUCUGUAUUAUCUUAACCUCACCUUACGUAUUACGUGUUUAGCUUCAAUAAAGCAUUUGUACCAAUGG